AAUCUUCUAAAAAAAUAAUUCAUUUAAAAAUGGGAACAAGUUUGAACAGACACUUUAUCUAAGAAGCUGUAUGGGUGGAAUAUAAACACGAAAAGAUGGUCAACAUUUUUAGUUAACAGAGAAAUACAAAUUAAAACUACAAGGAGAUACCAUUUUAUAUAAAUGUCUGAACUUUAAGAACAUUGACCAUAUAAAAUAAUGGUGAGGAUAUGGGACAACUAGAACUCUUAAACCCCACUGGUGCACAUAUAAAAUAGUAAAUCUACUUUGUAAAAACAGCCUAGCAGUUUCUUUUCUUUCUCUUUUCUUUUCAAGUAGGCUCUACACCCAGCGUGGCAACCAAUGUGGGAUUUGAACUCACAACCCUGUCUAGCAGUUUCCUAAUAACUUAAACACACAUAACAAUAUCAUCUGACCCACAUUCUACUCCUAGGUAUUAACCCAGGAGAAAUGAAAGCAUAUUCCCAUACAAAGAUUUGCACAUGAUCUAUCAUAGCAGCUUUAUCUGAAACAAUCCCAAACUGGAAACGAUCUAAGUGUCUACCAAGGGGCACUUGGGUGGCUCAGUCCCUUAAUUGUCUAACUCUUUAUCCCAGCUCAGGUCUUGAUUUCGGGGUCAUGAAUAUACGUCCGGUUUUGGGCUCCACGCUGCAAAUGGAGUCUACCUUAAAAAAAAAAAAAAAGUCAAAAAAAAAAAGCCUAAUCAAAAAGUAGAUAAAUUGGUUAUACUCAUGCAAUGGAAUAGUACUCAGCAAUAAUAAGCAAUAAACUGUCGAUACAGAUGACAAAAUGGAUGAAUCUCAAAAUAAUGCCGAGUGAAAGAAAUCAGAAUGUACUCGCAGCAUGGUUAUCAUUAACGUCAAAUUUUAGAAAAUGCAAACUAAUAUAGGGUGAGAGAAAGCAGAACCUGUUUAUAUGAGGUAGGAGGGGGAAGCCAAGUAUUUCACAGAGGGGUGAGGUAAAUUUGGGGUGGGGGAUGUGAAGGGAGUGAUUGUUACCUUGUGGGGAUGUGUAUACAAUGUUCACUUACCAAAUAAUGCAGUGUUAAUACCUGCAGUUUCUUGCAUGUCUAUCAUACCUUAAUCAAGCUGUUGAAAAUUAACAGAGAUAAUUUUCAACUGUUGUGCAAGGUUUGCCACAAAGUAUAAGAUCUGCAUAUAACCGCACAGCUAAUCUAUAUUAAUUUUUGUCCCUUAGCGUCGUGAAAAAGCUGCAACAUGAGAAAGCUCUGAUGCCAAGGUUGGGUUGAGAAAUGAUUAUAAAGUUUUUCAGGAAUUGUCCAGAUGGAUGAAGAUAUGCAUUACAAUAAAGUUGAAGAUGUGGUUGGAAGUCAUGUGGAAGAUGCAGUAACGUUUUGGGCCCAGAGUAUUAAUAGAAAUAACGAUAUCGUGAAGAUUGGUUGCUCAUUGUCUGAAGUUUGUCCCCAUGCCAAUUCAGUUUUUGGAAAUCUUGAUCCAAAGAAGAUUUAUGGCGGAUUAUUUUCUGAAGAUAAAUGUUGGUACAGAUGCAAAGUACUGAAAAUCAUCAAUGAUGAAAAGUGUCUGGUGAGAUACAUUGACUAUGGAAAUACCGAAAUUCUAAAUCGAUCUGAUAUAGUUGAGAUUCCUUUGGAUCUGCAAUUUUCUAGUGUUGCCAAAAAAUACAGACUUUGGGGACUACAGAUUCCUUCUGGCCAAGAAGUUACCCAGUUUGAUCAGGGCAGAACCUUUUUGGGGAGCUUGAUUUUUGAAAAGGAGAUAAAAAUGAGAAUUAAAGCAACCUAUCAAGAUGGAACAGUUAUUGCUCAGGCUGAGUAUGGCAGUGUGGAUAUAGGGGAGGAGGUGGCUAAGAAAGGAUUUGCAGAAAAAAGCAAACUCACUUCCAGCAGUAACACCUGUGAGGAAAAAAAAUCAGAUCCUGGUCCGCUUGUCCUCAGGAACUUCAAAAGCCCUAUUCCCUCAUGGGGCCAUAGAUCAAACCAGUCAGCCUUCACCCGGCCAAAGGGGCGCUUAAGUGGGAGGAUGACUCUUGACUCGAAGAAUGAAAAUGAUGCAGGAAAUCAUGUGACAUUUCCAAAGGAAAAUUUGACUAUUGGAGACUUUAAUUUAGGAUCUAAUGUCAGCCUGGCAAAAAUUAAGCAGGACCAGAAACUGAUUGAAGAAAAUGAAAGGCUUAAAAAUGAGAAGGAGGUUCUUCUUGAAAGUUAUAAAGCUCUACAAUCCAAAGUAGAACAGACUGCCCAGGAGCUGCAGCAAGAGAAAGCGACUACCAUGGAUUUGACUAAACACUUAGAAAGCACUCUGAAGACUCGUGUAGGUACCAGAAUGGAAAAUCUGGCAGCUAAGGUUGAAAUGUUGAAAGAAAUUAGACGUGUCAACAUCAAUGUUCGUUUUGGAAAUGACCUCUCAGAUGCUCUGCAAGUGUUAGAUGAAGACUGCUUUACUAUCCCAGCUUCUUUGACUGAAUUAGAGAGAAUUUGGACAGAAUACAAUCUUGCUCAGGAGAACAUACAAACUUGUGAAAAUGUGAAUGAAGGGAGUAGUUUGAUUGCCAAAAGAAAUGAAGUGCAACAGAAACUGAACAUGGCAGUGGAAAUUUUUAUUCUGGAAGUAGAUGAGUUACCUCUUAAUAAACGCUUGAAAACAUUGCAGGAUCUGUCAACCUCUUUAGAGGCAGUAUAUGGACAGGCCAAAGAAGGGACAAACUCUGAAGAAAUACUUAAGAAAUUUUAUGACUGGAAGUGUGAUAAAAGAAAAGAGUUCACCAGUGUUAGAAGUGAAACAGAGGUUUCUCUACAACGUCUCGUAGCAUGGUUCCAGAACACUGUAAAGGCUUUUGAUCUCUCUGUGGAAGAAUCACAAACUUCUGAAGACACAAUCAGUAGUCUUGAUGAAAUCCUAGAGAAGACUGAGUCAAGUAUCUGCAAAGAGCUGGAGAUAUCUCUGAUUGAGCAAGGUGAUGAGGACAAGGAGGUCAUUUUAAAUACAUAUAGUCAAGUACUACAAAAGAUCCGUUCAGAGGAAAGGCUUAUUGCUACAGUACAAUCCAAGUACAAGGACAGUAUUGAGUUUAAGAAGCAGAUUAUCGAAUGUUUCAAUAAGAGCCCCAAUGUGGAUCACUUGCUGUCCAUUAAAAAGACAUUGAAAAACUUAAAAGCUCGACUGAGAUGGAAACUAGUUGAGAAGAAUAAUUUGGAAGAGUCGGAUGACCAUGAUGGAUCUGAAAUUGAGAAAAUAAAACAAGAAAUAACUCAGUUGCGCAAUAGCGUCUUUCAGGAAAUUUAUCGUGAGCAGGAGGAAUAUGAGAAGCUGAAUAGCUUGGUACAGACAUGGUUCCCUGAGCUGCCUCUGCUUUAUCCUGAAAUAGGGUUACUUAAGUACAUGAACUCUGGUGGUCUUCUUACUAUGAGUUUGGAACGGGAUCUUCUUGAUGCUGAACCCAUGAAGGAACUUAGCAGCAAGCGCCCUUUGGUUUGUUCUGAGGUUAAUGGGCAGAUAAUUCUUUUAAAGGGCUAUUCUGUAGAUGUGGACACAGAAGCUAGGGUGAUUCAGAGAGCAGCUGCCUAUCACAGAGCAUGGAGAGACGCUAGAGAAGACUCUGGGUUACUACCAUUGAUUUUCCUAUUUUUGUGUAAGUCUGAUCCUAUGGCUUAUCUGAUGGUCCCAUACUAUCCUAGGGCAAACCUGAGUGCUGUUCAAGCCAGUGUGCCUUUAACUUCAGAAGAAGCUUUAAAGGUCAUGAAAGGUGUUGCCCAGGGCCUGCAUACAUUGCACAAGGCUGCCAUAGUUCAUGGAUCACUUCAUCAGAACAAUGUAUUUGCUUUGAAUCGUGAACAAGGAAUUGUUGGAGAUUUUGACUUCAGCAAAUCUGUGAAUCAGCGAGCCUCCGUGAACAUGGUGGUUGGUGACUUGAGUUUGAUAUCACCUGAACUGAAAAUGGGAAAGCCAGCUUCUCCAAGUUCUGACUUAUAUGCUUAUGGCUGCCUUUUAUUAUGGCUUUCUGUUCAAAAUCAGAAAUUUGAGACAAAUGAAGAUGGAAUCCCAAAAGUGGAUCAGUUUCAUUUGGAUUGUAAUGUCAAAUCCCUCAUCUAUAGCUUGAUCUAUUGUAGAAGUUCAAUGACUGCUGAGCAAGUUUUGAAUGCUGAAUGUUUCUUGGUGCCAAAGGGGAAAUCAACUCCAAACCCAGAAAAAGAUACUGAAUAUACUGAAUAUAAAGAAAACAAGAAUUAAAGAUGGAGAAUGUGGAUAAACAUAAGGAAAAGACAAGAAAUAAAGCCAACUUUGAUUUUGAUAGAUUUAGUAUUUUUUUUUGUUGUUACAGAUAUUCCUUUUAAAACUUUGUUUAGUUUGGUUAAAUAAAUAGAAAAAAAUCUGAAAGUGUUCUGGAGCUAGUUGGGUUGUAUCUUUGGUAUUCCAGUUGUGAAAAAUAAAAGAUGUUUGGCUAUGCACAAGAUUGUAUAGUUC